GUGCAAAUAAGAGCUGGACAAGAUGUUGUUAUUACGGCUCGUAUUGAUUGUGCCGUUUGUGCAAGUGGCACCAUUUAUGAUGCCAAGUCUGAGUGACUUGUGGAAACUUGCGAAAUUUGGAUAUGAAGUAGGAAGUAAAAUAAAGGCUGGCUAUGAUAUGUAUGAAUCAUUCAUGGACGAUACCAGCGAGAGAAUAGAUAAAAUAUUGGAGCAGGUGGCUGAGAUCUCAAAUAAGAUUGAUGGAUUCGAAUCACGACUCGAUCAGAGAUUAGACGCUAUAGUGGAAACUCUGGUCUCCAGAAUAACACUUGUCCAGAAACUUGACACGACAUUCUUGGAGAAAGUUCGUUGGAGAAGUCAGUGGAAUCGAAGCACGAUUCACAUUGAGAACUCGAGACUAUUUAUUAGCCACGAAGGAGGCAAUGAAAAUAGCUGCGAAUUUCAUUCGUCGCUGUGAUCCUAAGGGUGGACAUAAGAAAGGACAAUCAUUUGUGGAGAUGGAUGAACUCUUCCAAACGUAUAUUGUCAAUGAAGCUGAUAUACAUCCCGAUGACUCGUGCAAGUCUGACUGUGGAUCCAUUGGCACUCAGACAUAUCGGAGGAAGACUGAUACCUAUCUCAACUACAACUAUGACAGGCCUUGCUGGGGUAGUAUCACGGGUUGUAGAUAUGGUGGAGGAAAAAUGACUGUUUGUGAUACGUACUCGACGACUCGCAACUCCAGGCGAUACUUCUGGUUCAAAGAGGAUGAUGGAACUAUUUCAGGGGACAAUAGCGGUGGCUGCCCAGGUCAAACUAAUUGGCCAAAAGGAUGGAUCCGUGGAUUCUACAAAUGCGACUACUGCAUUUGUACCUGUGAGGGCGACAGAGCUUGGAGUGCAGCGAAAAGGGCUAUCAGUUUCAGGCCUGCCGAAUCCGACACCAGAAAUAACAUGGUGGUAACGGGCGUCAGAAUAGUUCAGCAGGAGAAAAUGAUCCAUCUUCAAAUAAGAGAAGGAAAACUUCAACCUGAAGCUACCAUUUUGAAAGGAAGUGAUAGAUGGGUUAAGCUUGAAACUUUUGCAUAUGAACGUUUAAAUUAUCAAGGAGCAUAUUACAUAGUUAAUGGACAACGACGCAUAUUGCAAACGCAGGGAAAAGAUUUUGAUUUUGUUCGGGGUGAACAGAGGAGGAUAAAUUUAGAUGAUGUUUCUGCCCCACCCGGACAUGUUGUUGUGGGAGUUCGAUUCGCACAUGCGGAAGUUGUGACAAAAACAAAAGAAAAUCCAAUCCGCAUUUUGAUCUGGGCAGCACCGUAUAAUUUUGAAACAGGAAAAUUGAUAAUUUCAUGGAGGAGUAAGGCCACGUGGAUUGCCCUUGAUAACAAAGCAACUAGGGCUGAAGUGAAAUUUGACAAGCCCGAUGUUCCUACGAAGCAUGCCCUAAAUCUACCAACAAUGCGGCCGAAUCUCUUCGUGAACUUCCGAGAAUCAGAUACGAAAAAAGACGCUGGACAAACUACGAUUCCAUUUUGGGAUAUCCAGGAGGUAAUAACAGUACCGAGUGCUCCACUCACUGGUGUUGGCCUCUUCCACAAAGGACACAGAGAUGGACUCUAUGGAGGAUAUCUUGCGCUGCGUUUGUUUUCUCUCAAUUUUAUUGAUAAUCUCAACGCCACAGUGCCAGACGAUUUGAAAAAGUCGUACCAGAAUGUUUAUAGAGCACCUUUAUAUUCUCCAACACGUCCUAAUUAAUGCUCCAGUAUGUUUUCAGUAUCAUUUUCCCAUUCAAAAUAUCUGAAACUUGUAUGUUAAUAAUUAUGUAUGAAUCGAUGACUUACAAUGAGCAAUAAAAAUUAGCAAUCAAUAU